AUGGCUAAGAAGAAGACACUAAAGCAGCAGGAUUUUGUUAAGAAGAAGCUUAAAGUUGGAAAACCGAAGCAACAACCUUCGAACGCAACUAGCACGUCUUUUGUUGCCAAAACAAUUCAUGUACCUAAUCAAGUCAAACUUCGGGAGACAAAUAACUUAGAAAACGAUGUACUGCAAAGGCUUUCACUGUGCAAACAUCACAGUGCUACAACGAGAAAGGAAAUCCUUAUAUAUUUUCAAAAUGUUAUACCGCAGAUGAUCCACAGCAUUUUAAUUUCUCGCCUUCUCGCAAACUGUAUACCUCUCAUCUGUGACGAAGAUAAACAAGUACGAAAUGAGCUGUUAAAGCUGCUAGAAGUCGUCGGCGAAGCAGACUCCAACGUUUUAAGGCUUCACCUACGACCUCUGGUGCUUUUUAUUAGCAACAGCAUGACCCAUAUUGUCCCCAGUAUUCAGCGCGACAGUAGCAGAUUUCUCCAGUGCGUUAUAACAUAUUCUGGCGAUGAGCUAGUACGCCUAUUUUGGAUAAAAUCUCUCAAAGGUCUAUUCAACAUCCUUGGGUGGUCCUUAACGCAUCCUGCAAACUCUGCGUCAUCAAAAACGGUCAGCAUGGGAAUAACUUCCAGUAAUGUCGUGAGUAUCAGCAAAAAUAACAAGUUCAAACAUCAACAUCUAAACGCCUUAGCACAACUCAUUCGCGCAGGUCUUUUGGAUCAGCAACUUGAUGAUGAAUCCUCUCAAAAUACAGACUCCGCUCUUUACAGCAAAUAUCUCAUUCCACCUCGUCCUCAACCAUACGCCUACCUUAAACUUUUCACACGUGAAUUCUCAUCCGCCACAACAACUGCACAAUUUUCUCUACAGGAGUUAGACCACCUGGCGUGUGAAGAUAUCCAAACAAGGCGUACCGCCUUCCUUGAUCAUUUCCAUAAUAAAAUAAUGAAUGAACUUUCUCAUCUUAUCAAAGAGGGUGGAGACUGUGGUCGUAGUGCUGCGACACUCUCAAAUCUUCUUCAGGAGGUCCAAAAACAACAAAACGUUUAA